AGUAUGGUGGCUCAGGAUUCUCAGUUAGUGGCUUCUUAUACCAGAGAUGCUCAAGUCUCCGUUUCACUUGGUGAUACAGAAUUUGAUGGUGAGAAUUCAACUCAAAUCCGAGGGGAGGCAGAAAAUGAGAGAAUGCCUGUGGACGAUGCCAUUGGAAGUAACAACAGAAAUGUGAAUGCUGAGGAAGUGAGGAUUCCGGUGAUUCAAUCUUCACAACCACAGGUUAAUGUUCCAAUCAAGAGGCGUAAACCGUGCUAUGGAUGGAUUGGUAGUGAUACAGACGAUGAGAAUCAUCUAAUUCAGUUCCCUCUGCCUCCAUUGCCUGAAGAGCUAAUGAAUUUUCUUCAGCAGAAUGGAACUCCCAAAUGUGGCAAACGGAGAAGGCGCAAGAGUAGGUGGGAUGAGAAGCCAGAUGAUGUGAUAAGCUAAACCCUUUUGCUUUCUUUCUCAAGAUUCAUCUUCUUGAAGAUUUGG